AUGGCGCCCUCCGUCGUAACGAUAGACACCUCAGACGACUUCUUCGCUGCCCCGGUGGCGACAGAGUCGAAGCGAACGCUCCUCCUCGCGCCGCCCUCCCUCGCCUCGCACCCCUCUGCGCUCACCAGCGUCGUUUCCCAGUAUGACCGCUCCGUCACGGACCUCCAGAUGAUCGACAGGCUGUCAGCCGGCCUCGUCAAGCUGCCCUCUGCGACAUACGACCUCGUUCUCGUCCUCGCCGAUGCGUCGUCUUCGCUGAACGAGACCCUCUCGCUCUUGACCCGAAACAUCCUCGGCCCCAUCGCAGAGUCGCUCAAGCCCAAGGGCCGGCUGCAGUCGCAUGACGGAUCAGACCUGGCGCAGCAUGCUGCGCUGGCAAAGGAAGCCGUCCUGGCGGGCUUGGUUGCGUCCAACGGCGGCUUCGACAAGCCGGACUACGGCGAUGGCGAAGGCGUAGUCUCUCUGAAGCUGGGGAUUAGGAAGAAGAAGACGGCCGAGGCGGCGCCUGCUGUUCAGAAGGUGGAAGAAGUCAAGCCUGUCGCCCCCGCUGGCGUCGGCUUCAUCGACUUCUCCGACGAUCUCGACGCCGAUUACGAUGAUGACGAGCUCAUCGACGAAGACACCCUCAUGACAGAAGACGACCUCAAGCGACCCAUCAACAUCCCACCCGAGUGUCAACCCAAGGCCGGCAAGCGCCGCCGCGCCUGCAAAGACUGCACCUGCGGCCUCGCAGAGCGCCUUGAGGCCGAAGACGCCGCCAAGCGCGCCGCCGCCGACAAGGCCCUGCAGAGCGUCAAGCUCGCCGCCGACGACCUGACCGAGGUCGACUUUACCGUCCAGGGCAAGGUGGGCUCGUGCGGCAACUGCGCGCUGGGCGACGCUUUUCGGUGCGAUGGAUGUCCGUACAUUGGGCUCCCGCCGUUCAAGCCCGGCGAGGAGGUGCGGUUGCUGAACAAUGAGAUUCAGCUGUGA